AUGACUGAGAACGUGCCUCAAGGUCAGAUCACCAUGCCUCUUCAGCAGGGCGGUGCUCGGGAGAUUUCUCCUCAAGCACUUGCUGUGGCAGACUACCUGCGGAGCCACAAGCUGCUCAAACAGCGGCCCGGAAUCCUCAACGGUAAGCGAUCCGACUUUUUCCGUGUUAAGCGAGCCAUUCGUGCACUAGAAGACCCCAAAUACAAGCAGCUUCAGUCAAAGCCCAACUCCAAGCUGCCGCCCAUCAACUCGCGAAACGAGGCCAUCUCAAUCUUCCGACUCAUGCCCAUCAACCAGAUGGCUCUCAGAGUGGAUAAGCUGCCCACACAGACAGCGCUGAUGAUGAAACAAAAGCCCGAGCAGGGAGUCCCCGUGCUGCAGGUGAACCCCCAGCAGGAGUUUGGCGACGAUAUGUACUACACAUGGUUCUAUAACCCCGUCCCAUUGACCACAUAUCUGUACGGCGCUCUCGGAGUGGCCGCCAUCUUUGCCGGUGUGCUGUUUCCUCUGUGGCCUAUCUUCCUGCGACAGGGCGUGUGGUACCUGUCCGUUGGCAUGCUGGGACUCAUUGGUGUCUUCUUUGGCAUUGCACUGGUCCGACUGGUCAUCUUUGUGCUCACCUGGCCCACCGUAAAGCCCGGUAUCUGGAUCUUCCCCAAUCUCUUUGCUGAUGUUGGCUUCGUUGACUCCUUCAUCCCCCUGUGGGCCUGGCACGGAACCCCCGAGCGAGACCUGCUGCCCCAGAAGUUCAAGAACAAGAAGAAGAAGAAGAACGCUGGCACCGUGAUUGAGUCCAAGGAGCCCCCGCGAAAGCUGACCAAGGAGGAAAAGCAGAAGCAGAAGGAGGCCAACGCCCAGAUGGAGCAGAUGCAGGCUGCUUUCCAGACCCAGCUCUCCAGCUUCGCCACUCAGAUGCAACAGAUCAAGGAGAUGUCCGACUCUGGCAUCGACCCCCAGAUCAUUGCUGCCCAGCUCCAGGCUCAGUACCCUCCCGAUAAGCAGGCUGCUAUCAAGCUGGAGAACGAGCAAGCCCAGGCCAAGCUUGAUGAGCGAAUCCGAGAACUUGCUGCUCAGAUUCAGGAUAAGACCAAUGCCAAUAAGACUGGCGACAAGAUCGAGGAGGUCGCUGACAAAGAAAAUAAGGAGGCUCCCAAGAGAAUUGUUACUCUGGAGGAUGCUAACGACGAGUAA